GCACUCCAUCGCACAAAUCUAGUCCAAAUCCAGUCCACCCUGUAACUCCCUGUAACUAUUGACAGUUCAUGCUUCAUACCCUCACCAAACCCUACAACUUUCAUAUUUUAUACUCACUGUCACUCGAAUUACAAUUCACAAACCUCGAUUUCAUCACUCCUCCUAUCAUAUAACUGUCAAGAUUCCUCUAAUUCCAAUUAUACACAACCUUCUUUGACCCUUCCCCCCUCCCCUUUUUCAUAAAUCCCAGUUCAUUCUUUAUAAUUAAUCACAAUUAUUUUGCUUCUGGAUCUGGGCUUGUAUUCAGAUCAACUGAAGAAAUGGACGGUGGUGGCGUUGGCGUUGGCGUCGGCGGUGACGCAAAAGCCAUGAAGGUGGAAGCACCCGUUACGAGGCCCGAUCAGGGCUUCAAUUUGGAACCCGACGUGUCUGUUUCGUCGCCUGUAACUAGGCAGAAGGCUGCUGCCGCUAAGCAGUUAAUUGAGAAUCAUUACAAGAAUUAUCUACAAGGAUUGCAAGAUCGUAAAGAAAGGAGACGAGCUUUACAGAGGAGGGCGGCUGAAGCGCAAGUAUCGAGUGAGGAAGAAGAGCAGAUGCUACGGAAUUUGGAGAAGAAAGAGACAGAAUACAUGAGAUUACAAAGGCAUAAAAUUGGGAUCGAUGAUUUCGAACUUUUGACGUUGAUUGGUAAAGGCGCUUUUGGCGAGGUGAGGUUAUGUCGUGCUAAAACUAGUGGAGAAGUCUUUGCAAUGAAGAAGCUGAAGAAAUCAGAGAUGCUUAGUCGUGGGCAGGUUGAGCAUGUUCGAUCUGAGAGGAAUUUGCUUGUGGAGGUUGAUAGUCGAUGCAUUGUAAAACUCUUCUAUUCUUUUCAAGAUGCUGAUUACUUGUACCUUAUCAUGGAGUAUUUACCUGGAGGUGACAUCAUGACUUUGCUAAUGAGAGAGGACAUUCUUUCUGAAGAUGUUGCUCGAUUUUACAUGGCUGAAAGUAUCUUGGCCAUUCAUUCAAUUCACCAGCACAACUACAUUCAUAGGGACAUCAAACCAGAUAACCUGAUUCUGGACCGAAAUGGCCACCUAAAGUUGUCUGAUUUUGGCUUGUGUAAGCCCCUUGAAAGUAAAUUUUCGUCAAUAUUGUUGAAUGACGAGGAUUAUGCAACUCAGGGGCCCAUAAAUGACAAUGAUGGGCAGCAAGUUCCUUGGUUAAUGCCAAAGGAAAAAUUGCAACAGUGGAAACGUAAUCGACGUGCCUUGGCAUAUUCCACAGUUGGAACUCUCGACUAUAUGGCACCCGAAGUGCUGUUAAAAAAAGGAUAUGGAAUUGAGUGCGACUGGUGGUCAUUGGGCGCAAUCAUGUAUGAGAUGCUUAUAGGCUAUCCCCCAUUUUGCUCUGAUGAUCCCAGGAUGACUUGCCGCAAAAUCAUUAAUUGGAGAACAUGCUUGAAAUUCCCAGAGGAACCAAAAGUUUCAAAAGAGGCCAGGGACCUGAUCUGUCAUUUGCUAUGUGAUGUCGAAUCAAGGUUGGGGACUGGAGGAGUGGAUGAGAUAAAGGCACACCCGUGGUUUAAAAGCGUCAAAUGGGAUAUGCUCUAUGAAAUGGAAGCUGCCUAUAAACCCAUUGUCACUGGAGAAUUGGACACUCAGAAUUUCGAGAAGUUCCCUGAAGUGGAAGAUCCUCGGUCAGCAGUACCAAGAGUUGGACCUUGGAGAAAGAUGUUAACAUCGAAAGACUCCAAUUUCAUAGGAUACACCUUCAAAAAGUCAGAUAUGUUGAAAUCAGUCGGAACUUCAGGUAUAGAUAUGAGGUCAAAUGGACCUUCCAAGCCCCCAUCGUUGGUUUCCUUGUUUGGCCAUAUGGAUUUGAAAGGAACUGCAUUGCCCGAGGACGAGCAGGAGCAGAAAAGUUGACUUCAGCCUCAUCAGCUCCAAUCAUGACAGGUCUCUAUAUGCAAACAUUUAGAUCUCAUACACGGCUGUAAUCACGAGCGUUUUCUGUAAAAAUACAACAAUUUGAGAAGAUCGGUCUAAAUACAAUUUUGAAUGUCAUAAUUUACUUCAUAAUAUGCUCUCGUACAGUUUGUUUUCGUGCGAUAUGAUCUUCUGGUAUAGAUUCCUACAUCUGAUUUUAACAGAAACAGAGCAUUUCUUGUAACUUUUACCUCUGGUUUUUGCACCUAAAUAGUAGCAUUGUUUCU